AAGAAGAAGCAGGAAUUCGCCGCUAUUGGAUGGUUAGACAGAGACAAACGCGGCGAGACAUAAAAAAUAAAACAUGGCUGGAAGAGGUGGUUUUGAAAAUUCUAGGAGUUAUGGUGGCAAGCAGCUACCAACCGAACCCCCAUACAUUGCCUAUGUGGGCAAUUUACCCCAACGCUUGGUGCAAGGAGAUGUCGUUAAAAUUUUCCAGUGCCAAGGUAUUGAGGUGAAGAGUGUACGUUUGGUUAACGAUCGUGUAACGGAUGUGUUCAAAGGAUUUUGCUAUGUCGAAUUUGAUUCAUUGGAAACUCUGGAAGAUGUCUUACGUCGCGAUGGUCUAAUAAAUGUGGACGAUAACGGAGCGCCGUUGCGAAUUGACAUUGCCGAACGCAGGAAAAACGAUCGCGGUGGUGGCGGCGGUUUCAACAAACGUGGCCCUCCCAGGCAAGGAGGCCAUCAAAACUUCAACAACCGCGGUGGCGGCGGCGGCGGUGGUGGAGGUAAUCGUGGUAUGGAUCGCGGUGGUGAUCGUGGCGGCGAUAGAGGCCACGAUCGUGGCGAUCGUGAUAACAGAGGUUCGUACAAUGAUAAUCAUGGUGGUCACAAUGAUAGAAAUCGUGGAGGCGGCGGUGGUAUGAAUAGAGGAUAUUCCGACCGCCCUGCAGCACGUGGACGUUAUGGAAAUUUCAAUAAUGACGACCGUUACAAUGAUCGCAAUCAUCAAGAUCGUAAUCAGCGUGAAGGAAGCUAUGGAGGCAACAGUCGAGAUGGAGGCAAUGAUCGCUACAACAAUUUCAGCAGAAAUCGUGGUGGCGAUCGUGGUGAACGCGGGGAGCGUCAUUACAAUAAUGAUCGUCCAUCGUCGGUGGCACCACUAGGUAGUAUAGAUGACAGCGAGAGACCCCGACUUCAAUUGAAACCCCGUACCGUAGCCGCACCCAUUAAUGGCCUUGCGGAGACAAAGCAGGCUGCUGCUAUAUUUGGCAAUGCCAAACCACGCGAAGAAAAACUCAAAGAUGAAGCCGCAGCGCAGGAGGAAGACAAUUAAAUGCAUUCAAAGAAUACUAAGAAGCGAAAGAUAUAUACAGCAAACAAAAACAUUUUUAACUAUUUUUCAAUGAGAAAAUAAUCAAUCUAAGCAGAAACAACAAACCAUUAAGAGAGGAUUAUAUGCAAAUUAAAAAAAAAAGUAUGAAAAGAGAUAGGGAGCGAGAGAUAAAUAUAGAAAAAAACAUAAACGAUUUACUACAAACAAACAAAAAACUAUGCAAAAACCCGAAGAAUUAAAACAAAAGUUAUAAAACAAAGUAAGCUAACAGCUAAACAGAGAAUAAACAAAAAAUAAAAACCAACAACACUUUAUGCGAAAUACCAAAAAACAAAGAAAAGAGGAGAAGCAUAAUAAAGAGCGAUAGAUACUAAGGACUAAAAUCUAUCGUUUGAACGAACCAGAACGAGAACAUAAGAGAGAGUGCUUUUAAAAAGAGAAAAACUAAUCGAGAGAAAGAAAACAACCACAACAACGUUGAAGAGCUGAAUAAGUAACAUUUUUGCAAUUAUUUAAAAACAACAAAACGUAUAGUAUCCAUUAUAUACAAAAUAUAUUUAAGAAAUAUAUGACUUCAUAUUCCCUAAACGACCCCCCUUCCUUUUGCCCUUAACUCUUGAUUCUUAACUGUUCGUAUGUGAAAAGAGGCAGAGUUCAUUGGCAGCAACAAGAAUAAAGCUUAACUUUCUUGUUGCCUCUUUUGGCCUUUCCCAAAACCCCCCCCCCCCCCAAAAAAAAAAAAACCAUAAAACUUAAAACUAUACAAGAGACUAAGAGAGAGGACUACUCAAAGAGAAUAGUAUAAAGUUUUGUUUACAAAACCCCAGAAUUGAAGGAAAAAUUAAUUUAAAUCAAUUUAUUUAAGAAAAACAAACAGUUUUAAAUAAUUUUAUGGUUUUAUGUGUUGUUGGAAAUAAAGAAAAUAAUUGAAAAACAAAAAUAACAAUUAUACAGAUAGACAUACACAUAUACACAUUCAAAAUUCAUAGCCAAUCCAAGGUAUAGAGAGUGACAACAAAGUAAGAACUGGUACCGGAAAAGUGUUGGUCAUAACUUUUAUUUCGCAUAUUUUUACAUAGUUUGGAAAAAAAGCUACUAAUCCUUCUUCUACUAUAGAAGGGCAGCAAAGAACAACAACAACAACAACCAUAACAGCAAAACCUUAACAACAACAAUAACAAUAUUAUUAUUAAAGAAAAUCGAAGGCAAAAACAAAGAGAUUGCGCUAAAACAAAAACAAAAAAAACAACAAAAACCUACAAAAACAACUACUUUUAAAAUUAAAAUAUAACUUUAAUACAUAAUAUACUUAUAUACUUUGCAUUAUAUACAUACAUUAUAUACAUACUGAUAAACUAAUUUAAAUAUACACACACACAUACACACACACAACAAAAAGGUAAAUAUUGUAAUUUAACAAAGCAAACAAAAGAAAGAAAGAAAAAAAUAAACAAAGGAAAUUCAUUCACAAUAUAACUUCUAAGCGAGAGCAAAGAAAAACAUUUCCCUUUCACCAAAAUCCCCUUAAAAAAAAUAAAAGCAAUCAAAAUAUAAGAAAAACCUAAACUAACACUUCUAGCGUAAAAUUCAAAAAAAAAACCCAUAGAAAAGAAAAUUGAUUUUUUUUCCUUCCCCAAAGUGAGGUUAAUAACGAAUUUUAUCACAACUCCUAGAAAACAUAAACUUUCCCCUUAAAAUAGUUUUUCGUUUUUUUUUUGUUUUCAAAUUUGAGCUAUUCUGGCGUUAAUCUUAGGAUUUUUUACCACAACUCUAGAGUCGUCUUAAGUAGAAUUUUAGCUGAAUUUUCCCAAUUUCUGAGGAAAUUUUUUCUUGAGUCUCUCUGGCUUUCGAAAAGAAAUCCCCACAUCCCUUUUAAA